GACUAGGUCCUGAGGUGGGGAGGCAGCAGAGUGCGGCAGCCUGAAUGAGACACAGAAAAUCGCCUCAGAGAAGAACGCCAAGCGGAAGCACUUUGCGUCCUUGUGAGAAGACGACCAGCACACAGCAUGAAUAGAAGCAUAUUUGCUCUCCAGCAGGUGGCGCGGCGGAGCUUUUGCGGUUCUGCACGGAGGUCGGUGGAGAACCAGGUCCCCAAGAAUCAGAAGGUCUUCCAGGAGGACAACGGCAUCCCCGUGCAUCUAAAAGGCGGCACCGCCGACGCACUUCUCUACAGGGCCACCAUGACGCUGACAGUGUUUGGGGUAGGUUACGUGCUGUACGAGCUGGUGAAGGCGGCUAACCCCCAGAAGAAAUAAUGAUGGCGUGCCGAGUGAUGAAGAUAUGAGAGUGUUGUUUCCUGUCAUGUUCGUGGGAUCAAUAUUUAUUUCUCAGACAGAUCAAUUAAACUUGUCAUGAGCCAUUUUUCCUCAA